AUGACUACCGUUGAAAAGAUCAAAGCCAUCGAGGAUGAGAUGGCCAAGACCCAAAAGAACAAGGCCACCUCGUUCCACUUGGGUCAGUUGAAGGCGAAGUUGGCUAAGCUUCGGCGUGAGUUGUUGACUGAUUCCAGCGGUGGUGGUGGUGGUGGUGGUGUAGGGUUCGAUGUCGCUCGUACCGGGGUUGCCACUAUUGGGUUUGUUGGGUUCCCCUCAGUGGGGAAGUCAACCCUCUUGUCCAAGUUGACUGGUACCCACUCUGAAGCUGCUGCUUAUGAGUUCACUACAUUAACCACAGUCCCUGGUGUCAUCAAAUACAAGGGGGCCAAGAUCCAAAUGUUGGAUUUACCCGGGAUUAUUGAGGGUGCCAAGGACGGUAAGGGUAGAGGUAGACAGGUCAUUGCUGUUGCCCGGUCCGUCAACCUCAUCUUCAUCGUUCUUGACGUUAACAAGCCUCUCCAUCACAAGCAGAUCAUCGAAAAGGAAUUAGAAGGUAUGGGUAUUCGACUCAACAAAGAACCUCCCAACAUCGUCAUCACAAAGAAGGAACGUGGUGGGAUUAAUAUCACCACCACUCUGCCGUUGACACAUCUUGACAACGAUGAAAUCAGAGCUGUGAUGAGUGAAUACAAAAUCAACCUGGCAAAUAUUGCAUUCAGAUGUGACGCCACUGUCGAUGACUUGAUUGAUGCUAUCGAAGCGAAGGCUCGUAAGUACAUUCCUGCCAUCUACGUUCUUAACAAAAUUGAUGCUUUCCUGAUUGAGGAAUUAGAUUUGAUGUACAAAAUUCCCAAUGCUAUUCCCAUUUCGUCAGGUAACGGGUGGAAUCUUGACGAUUUGCUCGAGAUGAUGUGGGAGCGUCUCAAAUUGGUCAGAGUGUACACCAAGCCCAAGGGUAAGUUACCGGACUUCAAUGAGCCGGUGGUGUUGCGGAAUGACCGUUGUACGGUUGAAGAUUUCUGUAACUCCAUCCACAAGUCCUUGGUUGAAGAUUUCCGAAACGCUCUUGUGUACGGUACCUCAGUCAAGCACCAACCUCAAAUUGUAGGUUUGCAACAUCAAUUGGAGGAUGAGGAUUCGCAAUCAUUGAAACCAUACUUGACGGCGGUGCGGGCGUCGCUUACGGCGGCGAUCUGUCUUGAGGACUUUUCGUCCCAAUUGGUCGAAAGACACAACCGGCCGGAAAUCGAAGUCGAGCCCAACCACACGCCUGAGUUGAUUUUGAAUCCCAUGGUUAUCGCCAGAAACGAGAACGAGCUGAUUUUGAUCGAGCCGUCGGUGAACUCAGUGCGGGUUUCGAUCAAGAUCAAACAAGUCGACGAAAUCGAGCAAUUAUUGGUCCACAUGUUUACCCGGUUCUUGACGCAAAGAGCCGAACAGUUCUUCAUUUUACGGCGGGUUCCGAUAAAGGGCUACGACCUUUCUUUCCUUGUGACCAACUUCCACACUGAGAAGAUGUUGAAGGCUAAAUUGGUCGACUUCAUUGUCGAAUUCAUGGGUGUGGUUGACAAGGAAAUCCGUGAGAUGAAAUUGUUCUUGAACGCCCGUGCUAGAGUUAUCGCGGAAAGUUAUCUCGAACCUUUCGAUUAA